AUGUCGACGGAAAGGGGCAACAUGCCCUGGACCAGCACCGUUUGUCAGGCACAGUGCUACAGACCGCAAGCCGAAUUCCGCAGAUGGCAAGAUCCGCCUCAACACGCCCCAGCCUGCGCCUAGCACUCUUGCCGAUCAUGUUGCGGCACAGCUUGUCCGUCAUCUGAAGACAGCCCCAGAUCGCGGCAUCGUCAUCCAGACCAGGUAUCUCAAGGACCUGCCCAAGCGCCUAUCCCAGCACCCAAGCCUGAGAGACACUGUCAGCCUGUUUUACACGGUCUGGGCCGAUCAUUGCCGUCGAAAACCUGCCGUUGAUUUCAUUAACCUGCCAGAAUACGGCAAGGCUAUCCGAAGUCUUCGUCUAGCCUUGUCGGGUGACCAGGCCUUCACGACCGAGACACUCGCAUCUGCAACGAUUCUCCAUCGCGCAGAAGAGGUGUUCAAUCCUAGCCGCCAUAAGUUACUCCAUCAGCAAGGAAUCGCGAGCUUGGUGACAGCAGUCGGCAAGCCUAGGCUGAAUGACGAUUUUCAGGCAACACUCAUGGCUGAAAUAUAUAUUAAUAUGGUAUGAUUGCUUCGGUUUAUCUCCUCCUGUCGUUACUUAACUCUUUGCUGCCGCGUAAUUUCACCUAUAGAAUUGUCUACGUUUUGCAUUAUCACUGACCAGCGAACUGUAUCUAGGUUCCACAUUCAGUUGCAACCGGUUGGCAGAAUAAUCUGAACGAGCCCGAUUGGAGAGAUUCUAUCGAGAAAAGCCUAUCGUACUGCAUACAGAACGAAGAGGCAAGAUCGCAGUUCAAGUCAACCAUGCGUACGUGCGGAGACAUGGUGGAUAGACUCCCAACGUUAGUCCAGAUGAUCCGGACUUCCGGUCCUGGUGUUGGCCAGGACGAAAGGAAAACAGCAUUGAAGAAGGAAUUUCAGCAGACGAUCAUGGAUAUGCAAAAAAGAAUCGCCGCAUUGGUGAGAGAGCUCAUCCAGCUGGGAGAGAUAACAGAAGACAAGGACCCAAAAUCGAUUGCGGGCACAAGCUACAGCUUCUCGAGUGUGACCCUCGCCCAAAUAUUGCUCUCUAUGCAAAGUCUCCAUCUGGGAUUCUCCAGAAUGCUCUAUGACUGGAGCCUAGCGGAACAGUUUCCAGAUACAAACGCCAGUACCAGAAUCUGA